UUUGGAUCAGUGGCAAAACACUUUCAAGGCAAGCCUGCAUAUUCAUCAAAGAUUGAAAAACGGACUGAAAAUCUAUUCUCAUGUAAGUUUAUACACUUAACACCCUGCCCUAGUUGGCGAAGCUAAUAAAAACAAAACUGGUUUUUAGUAUCAUUUUAUAUUAAUUUGAUAUUUAGGCGCAUUUUAGAAGAGGUUGAUAUACCGUAAAUUCUCAAGUUCUCCCAGUUUUAAUAUUUUAUGUCAGUUACCCACUAAAGAAUAGUCAGCGAUAUCAAGGGGCAUGUAGUAAAACACUGACUACCGGAACACCGGAACACCGCCGGAACACCGCCGGAACACCGCCGGAACACCACCGGAACACCACCUAACCCUAACCCCAACCCUAACCCCCAAUCCUAACCCUAACCCCAACCCUAACCCCAACCCUAACCCCCAAUCCUAACCCUAACCCCAAACCCUAACACCAAACAAAAUGGUGGUGUUCCGGUGGUGUUCCGGUGUUCCGGUAGUCAGUGUUUUACUACAUGCCAUAUCAAGGUGACUAAAGUGCGGAAAAUUUUUUUCUUCAUAUAUUUACCAAAAUUUCUGUCGACGGAGGAAGGGGCAGACCAAAAUUUUGGGAACCCACAUUAACACGUUCUUCCUUUGUCUACCAAUGUAAUGCGCGCCGCUCUUUUCUUUAGUCAUUUUUAUUAAGUCAAUUGCCGCCCAAUUUAAGAUUUAAUUAGCUUUGCUAAACUGGUUUAUGUAAUACCUUCUUUAAAUAAAGUCUAUUAUUAUUAUUAUUAUUAAUUUUUUAGUAGAAUCUGCCUGACUUUUACGUACAAACUGCCCGACCAAAAUGUUAUUAAAUAAUAUUACUGCAGAUAUUAAAAAUAAACAUUGCGUCAAUCUCAAAGGAUAUAUAUGUUGGAUAUAUAGAUUCAUGUUUUGCUGUUCAUGAGUUAGGAUCAGCGGUUAGGCCGGUAGGGGUUAGGAUUAGGGUUAUAGCAAUUAUUAAACAACGAGACAUGAUUCAAAAUAACCUCGUUUUCUCACCAAUGCCGUUUCAUAAGAACACGGUAUUAUUGCAUGACAUGACAAGUAGACUAGUGUUCAUAUAGACCACCUGCUUCGUAUGCAAAUUGCCCAACUUUCAAUGGAGGUUUUCAUCUUUUGUCAUUCUUUGUAAUCAGUAUACAUUUUUUGAUUGAAGUUCAAAUGAAUAUGAAUAUGAAAGCAAUACAUGGAAAGGAACAAUCUCAAAAAGAGCACAUACAAACAUGAUAUAGCUUAUGCGCCCCCCGCAUUCCCUCGGGAAUUUGGAUUUUGACGUUUUGUUCAGGUCAAAUUCCCUACAUAUAUUUGUAAUUCCCGUUCAAAUACACCUGCACGUAUUGGGAAAAAUUGGAGUUCAAAUACCCCACCCCAUGUACGAAUUGGAAGCUGCAGCAUUUCGUAAUUUUGGAAUUACAAAGUUUUUCUUUCCUUCAAAAACUCUCUUCAAUCGUUCAAAGCCGUUUUCUUGCUGUCAACCAAGGGCAAAGUUAAUUCCUUUGCACUUGAAUUAAUCCAUUGACGCCAUUUUGGAUUCAGCACACGUGCUUAUAAGAAAAAUUCAAAUUCCCGACCCCCUUAACAAAUUCCCACCUUCCACUAGAAAAAAAGGUCAAAUUCCCGCCUUCUUAAAAUACUAAACAAGCAAAUUCACCAGGUAUGCUGGGGGAGAGGGAUGUCAAGAUUUCGAUUUGAUUCGCGCAUUACAGUUUUGACUCAAACCUAAUUUAAGAAUAGACCGCAAUACACAAGUGGCAUUAGGUUUUCAAAGAACGAGGAAACACAUGCAGUGUCAAUUAUAAUAGAAUAAAAAGAAUAUAAUGCAACACUAAAGUGCUAAAAUGGUAAAUCACUGUUUAUAGAGUGAUUCUUAUCUCGUGACAUAUGUUAAAUAGGGCGUAUCAGCCUAAUAUAGCGAUAAUCAUGUUUGAAAUGUGGGUGGGAGCUUUUAAGCAGAUGCAAUUUUGUGUUAAUAAUCGAGACUAAAGUAUAUACAAUAUAUACGUUGAUACAAGCAAUAACAUUCCCAUGGCCAUGAUGAAGAUUUCUAUAUUGAGAAACUUUAUCAAAAACCUUUAGGCUUUAUUGAAAAUUUGACACUGACUAAAAAUGUGAGUUAGGGACGCACCAUUAGAUUUUUACUAGAAAAGACACUGGUACAAUUAUACAAUAACAUAUAUAAUAAAAAGCAUUGAUCUUUGCUUCUAGAACAAUCAGAUGGAUUACAGCCUGUAGUUAUGUUUAAAAAAUAUAAUAUUUUCAAUCCGCACUCAGUACUUAAAAACUUUACGGGGUUCUCGGGAAUGGCUAUAAUUUGCAUAAACUUUUUUCUGGGCCUUUGUUGUACUCGGAUUCGAAUCAAUUUUGACAUAAUGGCAUCGCCUGUUUUUUUUACACAACCGAAAAAGGUCAAAGACUUUUGACCGGAACGUAUAGUAGUUUCAAGUCCUUUUUUAAUUGGCAGUGUCAAAUUUUUAUCUAAGGUUUUUAGUAAACUUUGGUAUUUACCAAAACAUAUUAAUUAAUAAUAACAUCCACACCCUAUAAAAGUAAUAAAACAGCAGUAUAAUAUUAUAUGGCAUCUUUCUUGUUCAGUUGCAUGUAAGCCAUUCGCCUUAAUAUAUAUGGGUGGGCGUAUAAUAACUACAGUGUCAGUGGGCUUUUACACGGCACCGACAGACUGGGGGGCUUUCGCGUUGGCGUAAAAAAUGCUUUAUAUGCAUGAAAACCGUAAAGUUAGUGCGGAAUAAUGACAUGUAUGUAUAUAUUAGUAUAUAUUUACAAAAAGAAUUAAGAUAUUUACAUCAUGCAUAUAUAUUAUCGGAGAUAUUAUAUAUACAUAAAUUCUUUCAUAUUAUAGUUAAUAAAAAGUUAAUGAACUCUUUCGUUUUGUGAUGAGAAUACGUUAAUAAUUUUCACCAAAUUUGGUCAUAGUGAUCAGCAAGGAAAAGAGUCAUUCACCGUGUAAUCGAUUGACUGCUGGUUGCUAUGAGUUACGUUAAUAAGGUUUUAUUCUGUUUCGAGAUUUGAGGCUUGAGCAAAGGUUUUUUGUGAAGAAAUUGGCAAACAGUAAGCUAACUGCCGAGAGUUGUUUGAAGCCUUGCUGUGAAGAUUCAAGAGCAAUUACACAGAAAUAUUGA